UUUUAGUCAAAAUGGUGCGGCCUAUAAUCAUAAAAUUACUGUAUUUAUUACACUACUCGUUCUAAGUUUUCUUAAUAACAGAACUAAGAGAAACUACAUUCAUAGAGCAAAGUUUUCCAACACUAUACAUAUAGCAUUCAUUUUAAUAUUUGAGAAAAACCAAUAAAAUAACAAUGGUGACAUCACAAGGCCCUUUAAUCUUCCUCCCCUCUCAGUCACUCCAACCACGCCCCACUGCUCCCGGGGAGGGAAGGAGGGAGGCUUCAGGAGCCGCCGGAGUUCCUACCCCCUGUCCCAUUCCUGCACAGGCAGCAGCGUGAGAUCUCGAAGUCUGAUGUGCGGGACUCUAAACCCGCAGUGCCCCUGCCCCGCCUCCAUUUCUGCAUCGCUCCCUCGCCCCGCUGCGCUUCUGCUCACCCGGGCUGAAGAAGAAGCGGGGGAGGCGUGGGAAAAGCGCCAUAUACAACAAGACUGCAAGACUCGCACAGAAAUCCUCUUGGCAAAGAGACACCACGCAGGGCCCCGCAGUCAUCCACAGCCUGUGCCCAGCCUCAUUGUGUCCGGCUCCGCUGCUCGCCCAGCGCAGCCUCCUCCUCUCCCACUGCUGCCCGGGGCCCUCACGCAUGGCUGGCAGUGGCGGGAAAAGCCUCUCCCAUGGUUCCCCGCGCCACCUGACGGUAGGAAAAGCCUUUCCCGUGGUGCCCAGCGCCACCGCUGAGCCUGAGGGAGUUUGAGGGCUGUCACGGGGAGCGAGGGGAAAACAGAAGAUAAAACAGAAAUCAAAAAGAAAAACCGCUGUGGGGGUGGUGGGAUAUGGAAACUAACAACUACCACACUCCCGUCUAAGAUUCCUGUCCGUUCCUGCAGCUCCGCCUGCCGCACUGAAAAAUAAAACACCCCACAAGAUAAACACAAAAUUCCUUCCUCUCACAGCGUAGAACUGAAGCCGAAAGCCGUCAAGGGUGCCCGGCCCUGCGUUCUCGUGGCAGACGGGGGAACUUGGGCCAGGCCAGUCGCUUCAGGUCGGGCUCUGGGGGCAACAGGGCUGGGGUGGUGCAGGCAGAGCGAAGGGAGGAGAGAGCGUGGUGGGGCUGCUGCGGGUGCAACAGAAAAAAAAAUCUCAAAAAAAAAGAAACAAAACUCAGCUAGGACCUGAUGGUGAAAAGAAUGGAAUAAUAGUUAGGGGGCUGGUGGCUCCCAGGGUAGAGGAGCCCCUCAACGCCCAGCCCGAGCCGCCUGCUGCUGCUUUCCUGAGGGCCUGGGGGUGGCCACUUUUGCCCCCACUUUCCUCCCAAUUAUUGCAAAGCCAAUAUCACACGAUGCAGCUCAGUUUCAGUCAUCAGUACUUAUCAGUACUUAUCAGUAAAUAUCCCUGUCCCAUCAGGCAGAAAACCAACCUAAGCUGUUCUAUGUUCAUACUGUGUUAUAAAUGAGAAACAUACAGUUUCGCUAUUUAGCAAAAUUAAGAUUGUUUUAUUUUAUAUAGAUAGAGCAAAGCAGCACUGGGGAGGCAUGAGGGGUCACCGCCCACUCCACAUUCCAUCGAACCUUGGUUUUCAGCUUCUUCUAGUGUGGUCUCCCGUGGUAAUCAAAAAUUUUUGCUUUCUUGCUGUCAUAAUUUUGCCAGGCAAGCAGUGGUGAUUGAAAUAAACAUCUGUGUAAAAGUCUCUGGGAGUCAGUCUCAUAGAUAAAUAUGAGUAGAUAAAAUCGGCAGAAAUCGGGAAGUUCUGGUCAUCGUAGAUAGGCAAUCAUUGAUAAAACAAAGGCAGGAAGUCUGAUUUUGCAAAAUCUAUCGGACUAUUAGAAAGUCUGAUUUUACUGAUUGGUAUAGAUACAAAUUAUUUACAAACAGAAUAUUCAUAAGAGGGGGAUUUUAAACGAAAUUAUUUAAUCCCAUUUUUCCUCUAUCAAGGGUCCAUGCUUCACUUCAGACCUUUGUAUUUUGGUUUAUAUAAAUCCCAAUACUUUUAUGAUUAACACAAAUCUUUUAUUAAUUAUCACAUUCCCCAGUUUGAUAGCAGUUUUCCUGGAUUCAGGGAUCUGAAGAAUCCCCCUUAUCCUGUGGUGCCUUUGUCCUUCCACCCUGUUUGCACAUUCCAGCUUUUUAUCUUACCCUGGAGCCUUGCCCUCCUCCUGUUGUUGGAAGCACCGUAAAUUACAGCAAACGUACAGUUUUCUCAGCGCCCUUUUAGUCCAAGCAUUUCUCGAUGCUCCAUUCCCAAUUCCCAAUGUCUCUGUCUCCCCUGCAGGCUCAGGGGGCGCUGCCCCCUCCCCAGCAGCCGCUGCUGCGGCGGCCGUGGGGCACAGAGGGUGGCAAAGGGGGGUCCGGGAUGCGAGCGGAGGAGCAGCGGGAGGAAGAGGAGGCACAGAGGAAGGGGAGGAGCAGGAGCAGGGGGAGCAGGAAGAGGAGCAGCAGCAGACGGAGAAUCGCGGUGUUCCAGGGCGAGCCUGCUGAGCCCCGCAGCUCCGCUGGCCCCGGCAGCAUCGCAUUCCUGCAUCCCGCGGGUCUUGUCCGGAUGGAGGAAAAGGCUGUGAGGAAGAGGAAGAUGUCCCAGGACACCCAGGCAGACAAGAAGCAAAGGAUGGAGACCAGGGAGGACAAAUCCCUGCAGCAGAACCUCGUGGAAGAGGCCGCUUGGAGCAGCUCCACAGCACAAGACUCCAACGGGGAGGAAAAUCCCCAGAGAUCCUGCACAAGGAGGGGCUGCAAGCGCAGAUCAUGGGGAUCCAAGGAGGAAAGACCCACCCUCAGCCAGGAAGGCAGCCAGAGCUCUGAGUUGAAGGACCAUGAGCAGCUUCAUGAUGGCAAGAAGACCCUUCAGUGCUUGGAAUGUGGGCAGAGUUUCCGCACAAACUCCCACUUUAAUCGCCACCAGAUGAUCCACACUGGGGAAUGGCCCUACAAGUGUGGGGAAUGUGGGAAGGGAUUCAGAGACAACUCUGACCUGAUCCGACACCUGAUAGUGCACACAGGGGAACGACCCUACGAGUGUGGGGAGUGUGGGAAGGGUUUCAGUGUCAGCUCCCACCUGAUCGUCCACCAGAGGAUCCACACUGGGGAAAGGCCCUAUGAGUGUGGGGAAUGUGGGAAGAACUUCACCCUGAGCUCCAGUUUGAUCCGUCACCAGAUGAUCCACACGGGUGAACAGCCCUAUGAGUGUGGGGAGUGUGGAAAGGGAUUCAGGAAGAGCUCCCACCUCACCCGCCACCAGAUGAUCCACACUGGGGAACGACCCUAUGUGUGUGGGGAAUGUGGGAAGGGCUUCCGUGACAGCACUGACCUGAUCAUGCACCAGGCAAUGCACACAGGGGAAUGCCCCUACAAGUGCUCAGAAUGUGGGAAGAGCUUCAGCCAGAGCUCCAAGCUGAUUGUCCAUCAGAAGAUCCACAAUGGGGAGAAGCCCUGUGAGUGUCGUGAGUGUGGGAAUAAUUUUCAGAGCAGAUCCAGUCUGCUCAAGCAUCAGCAGAUUCACACAGAGGAGAGGCCCUUCUGCUGCCCCGACUGCGGGAAGGGCUUUAAGAAAAACUCCACCCUCUUCACCCACCAGUGCAUCUACACCAGGGAGAGGCCCUAACAGUGUCCCCAGUGUGGGAAGAGCUUCUCCCAGAGCUCUCCCGUGACCCAACUCCAAUGGCGGCACCGGUAAAGAGAAGCCUUGUGAGUGCCCUGCAUGCAGGAAGAGCUUCAUGCGCUGCUCCAGCUCAAUCCCCACUGGAGGACCCCGUAGGAUGCUCCCCAGUGACCCUGGAUGGGCAGAGCCUUGGUGGUCCAUGGUCCUGGUUUUCCAUGUUGGGAACACACCUGGCUGGUGGUCUCCACAUCUUCCUGGCUCCCUGUGGGCACCUGAACUCAGUAUGCCAAAAAUCCAUUGGGAUACAGCCUGACAUCACGAAUUACAGUAAUUUCACGACCAUAAGGCGUACCGGACUAUAAGGCGCACCCCCCGGGAGUCGGCAAAAUUCGCAACUUUGUAGAUCAUAUAAGGUGCACUGGACUAUAAGGCAGUGAGGCUCCGUCCCCGGCUCCCCCUGCACGGUUGCUGGCCGAGGCCCCGCCUCAACCCAACAACCAUGGGCCCCUGGGCCCGCCUCCACCCGGCAGGGUUGGUGCCACGAGCCACCGCGCCCGCCCGGACCCGACAGGCGGUGCCGCGGGCCCCCAGGCCUGCCUGGACCAGACAGGGGCAGCGCCAUGGGCCCCCUGGCCCGCCUUCACCUGGCAGCCGUGGGCCCCCAGGCCUGCCUGGACCCAGGAGGGGCCGUGCCGCGGGCUCCCAGGCCCACCUCCACACAGAAGGGGCAGUUCCGGGGGCCCCCGGGCCUGCCUCCACCCGGCUACUGCGGCACUGCUGACUCCCCCCACGGCUCACAGUUCACAC